AAUUUUAGUAAUUCCCAAUAGUUGAACUAACAAAAUAUAUCGUAUAAAUAUACGGGGAAGCAAAGUGUUAUUGUCAUACAAGCUGCGAGGUUGCAAUCAUAUUCCUCUGCGUUUAUCCCUUCUUUCUCUUCAAAAUGCAGCAUGAGGAGACAGUUGAAUUCAAGAUGGAUGUUUCUGAUGAAAACAUCAGACGAAAAGCUAUGAGAGUUGUCUGGAUGGUUUCAGGAGUUACUUACGUAGACAUCAAGGAAAAAGGUAUACUAAAAGUGAAGGGAAUAUUUGAUAAGAUGGAAUUGGGGAGAAAACUACAAGAGAUAGAUGAUUCUGUUGACAUAAUCAAUCCAAUGGGAAACCCGGGGCAAAGUCGCAUUCCUGGUUUAAGUACAGUCUACAGUUAUCUUACCACUCCAAAAGUCCAGGAGAUACUUGUAUUCAAGUUUAAAGUUCUUAAUGAAAGCAUCAUACCAUAUGUUAUGGACGUUAUUUGGGAGUUUUCAGGAGUUACUUCGGUAGAGAUCAAGGGAGAUGAUGAACUAGAGGUGAAUGGAGAAGAAUUUAGUAAAAUUGCAAUGGCCAAGAAACUAAAGGACAUAGAUGAAUCUGUUAGCGUUAUCAUCAAGGCUGACCCAGGUGUACAGGCGGCACCUAAUAAUGGAACCUCAUAUGCUACAAAGAUCACCAAUGCGCUAUCAUCUUUCCGUAUGCCGUCUGCGCCUGUGCGUGUGCCUCCGCCUGCACCUGUGCGCCCUCCUCCCGCGCCUGUAUAUGCGCGUGGGCACAGAAAAAGUUAUGACGAUGGAAUUAAUAAACCAAAUCAGCAGCCAAUCCUCAAUGCUGUUGCUGCGCGUGUACGUGACUUUAUGAAUAAACCGAACGCGAAUAAGUUCAAUCACAAUGCUGAGAUUAUUGGUAGGAAAAAGCCACAGCCUCAAGUCAAGCAUCAAGAGCAAGAAGGAGGAAUGUUUGGAUUCUUUGGUAAGAAGCAACAACCUGGUCAAAAGGAUAAAUGCGCCCGUGAAAUCCCAAAACCACAGGUUGUCAAUAAGGAGCCGUCUGCUAGUACCUCAAAAUCGGGAACAUCAAAAAAAGAAGGAGAAACACAAUAUACUUGGGACCCCUCAUCACUAGUUACGGGCUUAACCACUAUGAAUCCCUUUCAAACGGAAAACACAAACAGUCAGAUGACGUCCUCACAAACGAAUGGAUCCACGCAAAACCAACACUCAACACAAAAGAAAUACCAAUAUAGAACGGAGUGAAGGACCGGUGAUUCUCUAAUCUUAAGUCAAAAGAACUGAGUCUGUGUCGAGUUUUCUUUAGAUGGGAUUUUUCUAUAGGACUACUGUGCUCUAUGGAACUACCAUGUUCUGCACUAGAAUAUCAUCUCAUCUUCUAAAAUAAAGUGUGUGUCCUUUAUCAUUUGUGGUGUGUGUGUUUUUUUUUUUAAUUAUUACAUAUUGUUUGUGUGUGUGUCCAAAUUGUGUGUUUUUGAGAUAUCGUUUUUGUUAAUCUUAAGAUUAUAAUCACUUAUUGAGAUUUAAUUUUGUGGAAUUAAUUUAAAAAAUCAGUUAAUGA